AUGUUCAAAUUCGUAGUUCUUGCCUCAAUCAUCGCCUGCGCUGCUGCAGCUCCAGGAGUCGUUGUCUCUUCACCAGUUGUGCAUGCUGCUCCCGUUGUCCAUGCUGUGCAUACUCCAGUUGUGACAAAAACUGUUGUAGCUCCAGUUGCCACGAGCCAUCAAUCAGUUGUUAAGCAUCACUCUCCAGUUGUCCACAAAACUGUUGUUGCUGCUCCCGUCGUUCACGCUGUACAUCACGAAGUCCCAGUCGUUAAAACUGUUCACGCUGCUCCUGUUGUACAUGCUGUUCACCACGAAGUCCCAACUGUUGUCAAGACUGUUCAUGCUGCUCCUGUUGUCCAUGCUGUUCACCACGAAGUCCCAACUGUUGUUAAGACUGUUCAUGCUGCUCCUGUUGUGCACGCUGUUCACCACGAAGUCCCAGUUGUUAAGACUGUUCACUCUGCUCACAGCGUACAUCAUCAUGCCGUCCCCGUUGUCAAGACUGUGCAUGCAUCUCCAGUCCUCUUGCACUAA